UAUUAUAGACUACCUGCAUUUGCGACUAUGCCAUCCUGCUUUCCUCUCACCUAUUUGUUGCUGACGGCUUCUGGGGCCUGCACCGUGUUCACCUUCAGCUUCGUUGAUGGAUUCUUUCUGUGCAGCUGCUUGUACAUCAGCGGAAUAUUUCGUGUGAUACAACUGGAUAUUCGCUCCAUUUUCCUUCCGUUAGAUGAGUUGGUGAUAUACACGCCUUCAGAAAACAGCCAAAUACGGGCUCAGCUAGUCGAAAUUGUCGAACGUCAUAAUGCGAUUAUUGACUUGUGCACAGAUCUCAGCAGGCAGUUUACCGUCAUCGUGCUGAUGCACUUCCUCUCCGCUGCUUUUGUCCUCUGCUCAACUAUUUUGGAUAUUAUGUUGAACACCUCCUCGUUAAGCGGCCUAACCUACAUAUUUUACAGCGUUGCAGCCCUGACUCAACUCUUCCUGUAUUGCUUCGGGAGCAACCAUGUCAGCGAAAGCAGCUUAGCCAUGGCUGGGACGUUGUACGACAUCGGAUGGUAUAAAUGUGAUGUGGCGACUAGAAAAAUGAUUUUAAUGAUCUUGCGACGCUCGCAGCGGGCAAAAUCCAUUGCCGUGCCCUUCUUUACCCCUUCGUUGCCUGCCUUUAGCUCGAUACUUAGCACAACCGGCUCAUAUAUAGCGCUAUUGAAAACGUUUCUGUGAGCCAAAGCUCCGAAGGAUUAGUAUGU